ACCAAACGAUGGUGAUCCAAGCAACUAUAAAAAGCAUGGCUUUGUGGGUAUUUCAGAGCAGACGGAGCUUCACCUCCAACUCCAAAAUCCAAAUAUUUCAACCAUGUUUGCCCUGUUCUUCAUGUUGUUUACCACCAUCAUUGCACCACUAAUUCCAACCCUCUCUUCACAACCACCACCACCACAACCCUCCCUUACUCCGCCUCCACCACCGACAGCGCCAGCAUUUGAGUUUACUCCAAUCCAACAUUUUCCCCCAUGUCCCCCUUUCAUUCCAUCAUCACGAAAUGACAACAUAUGGCCUGCACGAAGUCAACCACAAUCAGUAUCCGUGUGGUUCGUGCUGGGGUGGAUCUUGGCUCUAAUAAUAGGAAUUAGCUUAAUCGCAUGGGCGAUUUACAUUUGCCGCCUAAAAGUAAUAGGGCCGCCAGGGCCUCCAGGGAAGCAAGGGCCGAAAGGUGAUCCAGGGCCGAAAGGGGAUCCAGGGCCGAAAGGGCCGCCUGGGCCGCCAGGGCCGAAAGGGGAUCCAGGGCCGCCUGGGCCGCCAGGGCCGAAAGGGGACUGUUGUUAUUGCUGCAAGGGCUACAAGGGCUGCGAGUGCCGCAUUAGCUGCCAGGAAAUGACAAUAUGUGACCAUAGGGGUUGGCCUUAGUAACUGAUGUGCAUGUGCGAAUCUUGCGGAAUCAGCUAUCAUCUAAUAGCAAAGAUUGAUGUCAAAGUUUUGAAUUGAAGAUUGCAAAUGUUAUAUUCAGUCGUGGAUUUGAUGUGAGCUUUGAACAUUGGUUCUGAUGUGAUCUACUUGUGUAGUUUGGAAUAGUUGUUUUAAUUUGGGAUUGUAAUAUUUUGGCUUAUAAAUAAGGUUAGUGGUAUUUGCAGAAGUUUGGAGGUUAGUAUUUGCAAAUGAUUUGUGUUUCAGGGAUUAAUUUUGUUUUAGUUUUUGGAUAUCAUUGU